AUGAAGCGCGAAGGCCGCUGGGACUCGCAGAACCAACUGAUCAACCGCAUCGCCCGUGUCACCACGCGGAUCCUGCCCGAGGGCGAGGGCGUCUACAUGCGCUACAUCAACCAGGAGAUCCGCAACUCUGAUAGCCUCAAGUUUGAAGAGCUCCUCGACGUCGUGAAGCCGCUGAUCUUGGGCGGCGACACGCCCAUUGGCACCAACCUCAAGAGCAAGGUCCUGCAGCCGCUCGUGUAUAACAAGCUGCCGAACAACCUCAAGAGGCCGCUGCUGGUAUCUGUUAUUACCGACGGUAUGCCGGAGCCGGAGCCUAAAAAUACGUUUGUGGAUGCGAUCGCUGAGUGUGGCGAUAAGCUCGAAGCGGCUGGCCUUCCUCGCGAGAGUGUCAAGUUCAUGAUUGGUCAAGUCGGUUCCGCCAAAGCCGCAACUAGGUUCCUCCAGGACAUCAGCAAGGAGUCCAGGAUUCAAGACGUCGUAUUCGUAGCCCCUGAAAGGCUGGAUGUCAUAACCUCAAGGCUGGAAGAUGAUUGGAAGAUAGAUGAAUGGCUCAUUGAGACGCUCUAUGCGCCUAUUAUGAAGGGUGAGGGCAGGAAGAAACAGUAA